AUUUUGAAUUGCUCAGCUCUGCAGAGUUUAUUGCAUUUGCUGAGUAGCCCAAAGGAAUCCAUCAAAAAGGAAGCAUGCUGGACAAUAUCUAAUAUUACAGCUGGAAAUAGGGCUCAGAUCCAGACAGUGAUAGAUGCCAACAUUUUUCCAGCCCUCAUUAGUAUAUUACAAACUGCUGAGUUCCGGACAAGGAAAGAAGCAGCUUGGGCAAUCACAAAUGCAACUUCUGGAGGAUCAGCUGAACAGAUCAAGUACCUAGUAGAACUGGGAUGCAUCAAACCACUCUGUGAUCUUCUCACAGUCAUGGACUCUAAGAUUGUACAGGUUGCCCUAAAUGGCUUGGAAAAUAUUCUGAGGCUUGGAGAACAAGAAGCCAAAAGGAAUGGCACUGGCAUUAACCCUUACUGUGCUUUGAUUGAAGAAGCUUAUGGUCUGGAUAAAAUUGAGUUCUUACAGAGUCAUGAAAAUCAGGAGAUCUACCAGAAGGCCUUUGAUCUUAUUGAGCAUUACUUCAGGACCGAAGAUGAAGACAGCAGCAUUGCACCCCAGGUUGACCUUAGCCAGCAGCAGUACAUCUUCCAACAGUGUGAGGCGCCUAUGGAAGGUUUCCAGCUUUGAAGCAAUACUCUGCUUUCACGUUCCUGUGUCAGACCAGGCUACCCAGUCGAGUUCUCUUGUGGAGCCCACAGUCCUCAUGGAGCUAACUUCUCAAAUGUUUUCCAUAAUACUGUUUGCGCUCAUUUGCUUGCCUUGCGCACCUGCUCUCUUACACACAUCUGGAAAACCUCUGGCUCUCUGUGGUGGAAUACCCUUCUAAUAAAAGGGUAACCAGAACGGCCCACUCUUAUGGAAAAAUUUCUAGGCUUUGAAGAUCCGCACUUAUAUUAGAGUCAUGGGAUAUACACAUAUUAAUGUGGAUCCCUUUUGUGUGGGGUAAAAAAAGAGGACUCCUCAUUCCCUUUAACAUGGGAAAAAAUACUGACAUUAAAAGAUGAGACUAAACCUUUAUCUUGAAUUUCACACAACUACUUGCGACAAGGGAGAUGUUUAGACCUGUUGUGUAUACUUCAGAGUACUUUUCAUGAGUUCUUCCACAGCGAACCCUUGGAUUACCUGGUGGCUUUUUCUAGCCAAAUUUGCAUUAAUCCUUACUGAGAUUGGAUGGUUUUUUUUCUUCAAUUGGCGCCAUUCUUCAGAUAUUAAAGUUAAACCAUCCACUCCCUCACCUUCAGCCUUCGGUGAAUGUGCUUUCUAGUUGUCAGGAAUGCUGAAGACUUAACACUUUGACUUUUAAAUGUGAUACUGGUUUGCAGAUUCCCUUACAGCAGAAAGGAGAGGGGCAUAUUAAUUUGUAUGGCUUUUGCUUCUCUUUGGUAUUAUGAUUUGGAAGUGAUUCAAAUCUAAUGCUGGUAUGAAGGUUUAGAAUACUUUAGUAAUCAAAAAACAUAUCCUAUAAUUCAAUAAAAAAGCUAAGAAAAACACAUUUAAAAAACACCCUCUAAUUUUCUUAAACCAGUGUGACUAGAUGCUGUGUUUCUGCAUUAAAACAAAUGUUUCAGGCUUUGUGGUCCUGAUCAAGGUCCUUCUUAAAUUGGAGUUCACCCUAGGUGCUUUUCCCCUCUGUGACUGGCAGAUAACACAUACUUUAAACGUUACUUAGGGAUUUUUUCCUUAGGUGCAGCUAGAUUCUAAUAUAAUCAUGCUGUACAUGUGAUUCUUUAAUGUAGCAUCCUUAUUGUUAUAUAAAAACCAUCUUCUCAACAUGAACUGCUUAACUCAAAUAAGGACAGUGAUCUUUUUCUUAUAACCUUAUUGUUCCCUAAUCAUUUUAUUUCAUCUCCUACUAGUACUGCACUCUCCCUAUGCUCCCCACCUCCCCAAUAAACACCCGCCUUCUGGCUCAUUUAAUGUUGACUGCAAUCUGUACCUGCAAAUGGCGCUUCCAGUACUGUGUUCAGUGAUCCACAUUUGUGCUUGGACUGGAAUGAAAAAAAUAUGCUUAAUUGCCAAGAGAACUGCAAAUGAGUUCAAUACGGCUUCUCGGUGCUAGUUGGCCAUCUUAACUCAAUGUUGGGAUACAGUAUCAGAGAAGAUUUUUUGUUGAUGUGUUGUUCAAAAUGAAUUCCGAGGGAAAAGUUGCUCACUUCUGUUUCAGAGCAUACCCUUUUAAACCUUUUUAGACUUGUCCUCUUUUAGAAUUCAUUAUAACCCCAAAGUGUAAAAACUAUUUGGAAGUUGCCCCUGACAAGCUAUUAUACAUCUCUGGUAAAUCCUGCUGAAUGUAAGGGAUUUUCAGAGCUCUCAUACCUCAUCAUGAUGUUAUUUAAGGAGCCGACUUACACGACCUGAUUUAAACUUUUAAAAAAACCCACUUCAUUCAAACUAGAAAGAGUCAAAGACAAAGGACAUUUAUCAGCCAAGAGUGUGACACAUUCUUCGCAUCUAGUCUGUAGUUGUGUCUGUGCUCUGGGAUGGAUACCGUCUGAUGUCUGUUAUUGAUGGAGCAGCCACUGCAAACGUUGUCAACUCCCAUCUAUAACUGUUACUUUUUCUAGUGCUGCUUUGUGCUGAGAGAACAUUUUAGUUUACUGCACUUGACCUGUAAAAGACUUUGAUUCUUUGUAAUUUUAGGGAUAAAUUAGGUGGUUAAUUUAAAGAAGAACUUUCAAUGUUGCCUUUACAUCACAUUAAAAUAUAACUUCUUUCAGAAGGAUAAUAGAAGCACUGAUUCAUAGUAAAAAUCUUGUUUUUAGCUUUGACUUUCUUUGUGGCUGAGUUUUUUAAAUUGUAAAUUUACUGGUAACAUGUCAUUUCUAUAGGAUGUUUUAAAUUAUGUACCUUCUAUUGGAUAGUUUUAAAAUUUUCAUUUUAUAAACAAAUUUGGAAGAAUAUAAAGCACAUAAAGUUGUUUCCCCAUGUUAGAGUAGUGUACAUUGGGAAUUUUUGCUAGCAAUUGGAGGUGUUUCAAUGAGUUAAUUAAAACAAAGUCUAUUUAA